AUGGAAGGCUGGUAUUACCGACUCACCUUACCAGAAGAUCAGGGAAAUGUCAGCUUUGCUUUCAUCAUUAGCAUUGAAGAUCCUGGAAAUGACAAGAGCCACCUCAAAUUGGCGUGCAUUCAAGUCGUGGGACCCCAUGAUGAAUAUCUAGUUCAAGCAGAUACAGAUGAUACCAAGUUCUGGGCAUCCAAGGACGAACAAGCAUUCGGCUGCAACUUUGCCUACAAUUGCGAUCAGCAACAGCAAACUGACCAGCACAAAUACACCACAUCAUUGACCAAGGACCAGUGGCAGGAACAGGUGGAAUCAGGCUUCCAAGUCCUACCGAAUCACCUAAUUGGAAAAGUCAAGGGGCACGAUGGAACGCUCGGAGGAGUCCUUGAGGGACAAGGUAUUCCGGGUGAAUGCUAUUUUGACAUUUCCAUCGACCAGGUCUUGGCUGGUUGGGGUGAUGUCAAUGCCACACAAAAGAGUACUGGAGGUUGGUUGGCAUCCUUUGCUGUCUUUGAACCUCAUUGGCAAGUCACGUUGGCAGAUGCACGAGUCUCCGGCACGGUAAAAUGGAAAAACUCAACCUACAACUUCCAAAAUGCACCCUUGUACGCCGAAAAGAAUUGGGGCAAAGCUCUGCCCAGUAAAUGGUAUUGGACACAGUGCAAUUCCUUCGAGGGAUACACCAAAGAUCCAAGCAAAGCCCUGUCAGUCACAGCUGGAGGAGGCAUUCGACAAGUGCCAUUUGGAAAACAAGAAGCGCUAGGAAUGGUAUCAGUUCACUACCAAGGGAAAUUCUAUGAAGCCGUCCCAUGGACUGGUACCAUGGGUUGGAAGGUGGAUACCUGGGGGUCCUGGGUUCUCUAUGGAAGAUGCACCGAAGGAGACCGCAAAUUCCAGGUGGAAAUCACCUACCAACUAGAUCCCAAGGUAACGCCAGGGCUCGUCUUCCGUGCUCCGACUCCCAAAGAAGGGAUGGUCUACUUUUGUCGGGACACUUUCGAAGCGGAAACCACAUUGACCUUGUGGGAAUUGGAAUACAAUGAUGACACAAGAGAGUGGGAACCCAAACCAGGACCUCCUCUCAUUGACAACGCCAAAAGCAAACAAGGUGGAGCAGAAGUGGGCGGUGGACCUUGGUGGGAUACGUGGGAAAACGAUUCCCAAUUGAAACGGUCCUUCAAAAUUCUGUUGCAAGCACCCUACAAAAUACGACAGCUAUUGCGAUGA